GGCAGUAGCACGGCAGAGCUGCGAGUGGGUGGACGACGCGCGUUAAAGCCCGUGAUGCGCCCGUGGCCGGCGCGACUCGCUGCCCGCACCGACACCGGACAACAACAACAUCAACAACCACAGCCGUCCGCACUCAGAAUUCGGUGACCCAGCGCCCCCGACACAUCCCACAGCAGCCACCGGCGACGGAAAAUUGUGUUGCAAACCAUGGCGUGUUUCACGCAAUACCGAAGCAGCUCCAUUUGCGGGUGCAGCAAAACCUGCAGCGUCUGCAAGAUGAUGAGCAGCACGCUGUGUCGGGGUCUGCAGACGCAGCCGGUGUCUCCGUCGCGGCCGCGCGACAUCUGGAGCCCGGCGCGGCGCUCGUACAGCGGCAUCAGCAGCCCCGUGAGCGCCGCCCCCGCCGCCGCCUCCGGGGGCGGCAGGACCUUCUUCGCCGCGACGCCCCGCCGGAGCUUCUCGCCGCCCCGACGGCCGCUGUCGGCGCCCGGCGCCCGCGAGCAGCGGCUGUCGGCGCCGGCGGCGCCGCAAAUCGAGACCGAGGAGGAGUACGUCGAGUUCUACCAGAAACGCAUCCUCACCGCCCAGCAGAAGCAGCUGCUCCCCCUCCAGGAAGACCUCGCUGACUGGCUCAACAAGCUCUUGGACACGAGUGCGAUAACCGCCCUGAACUUCAUGGAGGCGCUGGACGACGGGCUGGUGGUUUGUCGCUUGGCCAAAACGAUCCAGGAGCAAGCUCAGCUCGCCGUCGAGGAAGGACGUGCCAAGGGGCCUGUGCCAAAACUGGGCGGCCGCAUUUGGCAAAAGGCGGCCCGCAGGAGUUUCUUCUCGCGCGACAACUCGGAGAACUUCAUCAAAUUCUGCCGGCAGCUCGGAGUGCACGAAAACCUCAUCUUCGAGUCCGAUGAUUUGGUGAUGCACGCGGCGCCGCGGAACGUGGUGCUGUGUCUGCUGGAGGUGUCGCGUCUGGCGUCGUCGCGCUUCGGCGUCGAGCCGUCCGGCCUGGUGCAGUUCGAGCGCGAAAUCGCAGAGUGCUCUUCGCCGUUCAACACGAGCCGCAUGUCGCCCGCGCCCGGCACCGCCCUCUCCGACUCUGGCCUCUCGGCCGCCUCCCUGUUCUCCUGGCGGCCGCCCUCGCCCACGCCGCCCCUCCACGAGGAGGACUCCGACCUCAAAAUCGGACUCAAAAAUUCGUCGUCUGUGAUGUCUUUGGGGUCUCCGAACAGCAGCGGGCGCUGGUCUCGUCCCGGCAGCGGCGGCGAAGAAGACGACGAGCCGGACGCGUGGCGGGCGACGCUGCCGGUGCUGGAGGACAGCGCCGAGCCGGACGUGUCGGCGUCGACGUCGGCGUCGGCGGUCAGGGCCACCAGCCGCACGCGCAUUCCAAGCCUGCGCAAGCCGCGCAGCCGCACGCCCAGCGAGGACCGCACGCCCACCUCCUCCAAGGGCAUCACCGAGCUGGACCGCAAGGUCGAGCAGGCCGCCAGGGAGGCCCGCAGGCAGUGCCGAUGCGAGGACGAGGCCGGUGCGGCACCGGACGCCGACGGCAAAAACCCCAAAUGCGCCGACAAGCUCAAGGUCAGACGCCUGGGCGGAGGAAAGUACAACAUUGCUGGACGCAACGUCUACGUCAGACUGCUGAAGGGGAGGCACAUGAUGGUGCGCGUGGGCGGCGGGUGGGACACGCUGGAGCAUUUCCUGGAGCGGCACGACCCGUGCCAGGUGCGCGUGCUGGGCCGCGGCGACUCGUCGGCGGGCAACUCGCGCACCAACAGCCGCUCGAGCGGCAUCAACCGGCUCGGCCUGUCCAACAGCAGCAGACACUCGACGCCCGCCUCGCCCAGCGAAGGCUUCCUGCACAUCCGGGCCAAGUACCGCAGCCCUCCGCCGGCCAGAAGUUGAACUACGCAAUGGCUCCAGCUUUUUGCCACGAUUUGAUGCGAUUUCUUCUCGUUAAUCAGUGCUCGGCACUUAUUUUUGUGGAUUUUAAGGGCUAAAUUCGCUCUUUAUUUUAUUUUUAAAUUGUUUUCGAGGAAAGAAAACAGCAGAAAUUCAGAAAAUUAUUUAUAUAAAAUUUAUUUCUUUUAAUUUCAAAGGAAGAAACAUUUUUUCGAUCUUCUCAUUCAGGUAAUUUUUUGCCAUACUGAAUUAAAUCACCAGCACUGAUUUUUCAGGAGAAAAUUCGCAUCACAUCCGCUUUUGUUUUUGUUUAACUCAAUCUGUAACAUUCCGAAGGCUCUCUGUUCGUUGAAACUGACACAUAAUUUUUAUUUUUUCCCUCUCUCUCGUCGCUUGGAAUGAUAACGAACGCGAGCUCUGUAUUUGCCAUUAAUUUAAACACAACACUCACCUGUUUGAUAAAAGCUAAGCGUAAUUUUAGUUCCUCUCUGAUCGCAGAUUUCUUUCCAUUCCUGUUACGAGACUAACUCUCGAGCGAGUUAAUUGUAUUUUGAAAAGAUUGCGUUAAUAUUUCGAGAGAAUAUUAAAUAAUCAAAUUGCAAUGUUAAUUAGGAGAUACGCGAGUUUAUGGAAAUCGUAUUUUACCAAGCAGUUCACUCAAAGUGGCAUCAGAUAAAGAUAAUUAUGUUUUUGCAUGUUGUUGAAAAUGCUAUUUUGAGCUGAAAAGUGUAUUCCGACAGGAUCAUUUACCAACCUGUAAAUACCAAUAAAAAUAAUUUAAAAACAAACUAAAUCAAAAA